AUGAGCAUCGGUGUACCAGUAACAAAAUCAUUUAAUAAACUGAAGAAGUAUCCAUUUGAGAUAAACAAAUUUGAUAGACGAGAAACAAACGAAUAUUUUUAUUUGCCUGUUGAUUGUCCACGCAUGAAAAAAUGUGAUGAUGCAUAUUGCCCAUUAGCACACACAAAAUUGGAAAAAAUAUUUCAUCCUAUAGUAUACAAAACACAAGCAUGUCAAAUGGCUAAAGAUGGAGCUUGUGAUUAUUUUCAGAAAUGUGCAUUUUACCAUGAUUCAAAUGAUAAAAAUGAAGCGCAUUUAAAUUGGACUAUUUGGGAAAAAAAGUGGGAUAAGUGGAGGAACAAUAUUGACACUAUAUUAACACAGCAUAACAAAAAUGAUAAAGAAAUAAGAAGAAAGGUAGAGAGUAUACUGAAAAUACGUAUGCCUCACGUUAACUAUAAUUCAAAUAAAAACAACCUGUUUUUGAAUAAGAACAUAUCGUUUCAUUCUACUUGGCCCAAUUUUAGUGCACCCACUUGUAACAGUAGCGUCUGUAGCGGUCAGAACACUGGCUUGAGUAGUGGUAGUCUGGGUAGUAACAACAAAAUGAACAACUUGAAUAACCUUCUUUGUAAUUCUAUGAGUGCAUCGAUAACCCACUGCCCCACAACUAUUUUUAACAAUGCGUGGAACAGUAAACCUAUGAACAGUGGUAAAAAAGGAUUGAAAAUCGGGAGUGAUAAUAAGAAAAAUAAUAACAACUGCAGUAGUAGAAACAUCAAUAGUAAUAGUAUUAGCAAUAACAAUGACAAUAUCAACAUUAGCAAUAACAAUAGCAGUAACACCUCAAGCUGGAUAAAUGAGCUAAAUGAUCUGGGAACCUUGAAUUAUGACAAAACAGUACACGUGAACACAAAUUUUAUGAACAAAAAUAACGCAUACUAUGAUGAGACAUUGAGCUACAAUAGCAAUGCAACAGAAUGUGGUAUGAAUUUCGAUAUGUUAGACAACAAUGCGUAUAAGGUUGUCGAAUUUUGCUUUACUGAUUAUGAAAAUAAUAGGAAUAAAAGUGGUUGGAGUGACAAUUCUGAUAUUUUGAAUAUUCAAUCAAUAAAUUCUUUCUUAUCACAUGGUUCGAAGGUUCAGGAUGAAGACAUGAAAAGUUCAUUAAACAUUAGCAGCAAUAAGGAUGUUGAGAUGGGUGGAUGUAUCAUGAAUCCAUUUAUGGAAGGAGGCACGAGGGAUAUAAUCUGCAGCAAUACCAAGUGUACUGAAAGUUUUGAUGAUUCACAAUUGGAGAAUCCUUUUCUGCAGGAGCUGCUUUACAACAGAACCUGCGAAUAUUUUCCAACCAUGACUGAUAUUCCAAAUAGAGAAGACACUUCAAAUUUGUGCAAAAAAGCAAAUACGCUGCCAGCAGAUAUUAAGGAUGAUAUGAUAAUAAGGGACACGAGGAACAGGGCCGAUAGUACCUUCGAUUUAAUGAGUUCAAAAUAUUUUUCAAACAAUUCAAACAAUACAUCUAUAUUUGAGAAUUAUGCAAAUUUAUCAACUAUAUUUGAUGUAAGCGAUAGUAACAACAACAGCAACAAUGAUAGUAGCAACAAUGCUAACGGCAACAAUGCUAACGGCAACAAUGCUAACGGCAACAAUGAUAACAGAAACAGUGAUAACAGAAACAGUGAUAACAACAACAGCAAGAGCAAAAAUAAUAAUAACAAGCUAAGCAAUUUUUCAAGUAUAUCAAAUUGUAACACCUUUGAUCACCUAAGUUUUGAUGAUAUAGACAAGAAAGGCGUUACUGUUACGGUUACUGAUUUUCUGAUUCCAAAUGAAAAUGUGGAAGAGAGGAAUGAUUCUAAGGUUAAUAAUGAGCAUGCAGAUGUGGGUAGCAGUGUGAUUCAAUUUGCUCAUGAUGAAUGUAGUGUGGAUGUGAAAGUUGUGAAUGAAGUGUCAAGUGAGAGUAUCGCUCAUGAUGUAGCAAUUUCGAAUCAGAUGAAUGAGAAGAACGAAAAACACGAGAUUAAGGGUGUGAAUGAGACAAACAUUAUGAAAGAUGAAAAGGAAUCAAAACCCCACGAUGUAACAAAUAUUGGAAAUAGCACCACCUUAGGAGUGAAUCCGAAGAAAGGUGCCAAUAAAACGUCUAAGAAAAAUAAAAACAAGAAGAGUGGGGCAAAUUCUGCAGCCAACAGUGGUAGUAAUAGCUAUGCCACUAUGGCCAUUGCAAACAGCAACAGUGGGAAUAAUCAUACGGUGGUCGGAUGCAAUAAUAAUGCAGUGAGCGGAUGCAAUAACCAGAGGACCAGCACAUUUAGUGAAAUCCUCUGUUCAGGCAAUGUUGAACUGAAGAACGAAGUUAACGAGAAAAAGAAAAACAGCAAAAAGGAAAAUAAAAUGAAUAAAAAUUGUAACAAUGAAAAAGAGCAAGAUGACAACAAAAAUGGAAAUAACAAAAUUUUUAGUUCAACGGAUAAAAAUGAUGAGAAUUUGAAAUGUAUUGAGAAUGCAUGUGUAGAGAAAGAGAAAAGAGAAAAAAAAAACACGAAAGGGAAGAAUACAGAAAGUCAAGGCACAAAAAAGGGUAAUAACACAUCUAACACAAACAAAAAUGGAAGUAAGAACUCGAAAAGGAAUUCUGCUGAGAGUGGCAAUAAUGGAGGAGAGUCAAAGAACAAAAAGUACAGCGAAAGUGACAAUUUCGAACGAGGUUACCACGAAAAUGAACAAAAGAAUAAAACAAAAAGUGAGAACUCCCAAUCUGGUAAGAAGCACAGUGAUGUCGGUGUGCACAGUGUUCAGAAUGAUAAUAUCGUCAAGGAGGAGGACAGCAGAAAUGGAAAAGAAGAAAGUAAAAGCGGCAGUGGUGGUACUGGUACUGGUAGCGGUAGUGCCAUCGGCAAUUGCAAUGGUGGAAAAGAAAAAAUCAGCUUGAACCAGAACACAAGCCAAGUAAGCAAAAGUGUAAAUGCAAAUGAGAAAAAUAAAAACAGCCCAAUGAGCGCAAGGGAUAUUGUUAUCAAAGGGAACCAAAAUUGCAGUGUUAAAAAUUCCACGAAUCACGUGAAAGGGAGUAAUAAUGAUGGCAGAAAUGGUAGUUGUAGUAGUAGUGGCCCAAAUAAAGUCUUUAGUUGGACUAAUAUUAAGAAUGAUAAAGAGAAGGAAAAAAAAAAUAAUGAGGACAUAACAUUUAACAGUGUAAAUAAUAAGCACAAUAAAAGCAACAACAGUAGCAUUCAUAGGGUUGUUACCUCGAAUAAGAUUAACAUUACAAGAAAAUCAACCACAGAAUCAAGUUUAAAUAAUGAGCAGCACAUGGAUGAUAUGAAAGAGGUAGAGAAUAAUAAUAAUUUGGAGCAAAUUAAUUAUACAAAUUGUGAAGAAAAUAAUACACAGGAAAAGGAAUCGAAUGAAUAUAACAUUUCUAAUAAAGAAUUUAUUCAACCUAAGGACAACAUAUUUUGUAAUUAUACAAGAAAUAGCAUGGAUAGUGUCAUAAAUAAUUUCAUGAAUCCAGACAAUAAAUCAGUAUCAUUUGAAAAUGUUAGUAAUAAAGGAGGGAAUAUAAUAUUCGAUAAGAAAAGUAAUACUUCAAAGCUUAUUUCGAAGGAAGGAAUAAAUUCAAGUACGAGUAUGCAGGGGAUGGUUCAAGAAAUGCACAAUAAACUGAAGAGUAGUGAGAAUAUCAAUGAGGAUAGAAAUGAGAAUAGAAAUGAGAAUAGCAUUUUUAACACGAACAAGGAAAAUAGUUUCAUAGAAAGAAAUGUGUCGAACAACACGUACGAAAAUUUUUUUUUAAGGGAUGUGUCAUUUAACCCACUGAAAAGUAACAGUUUUGUGGAGUCUAGUAAAUCUUUUGAAUACAACCCAUAUGAGAACGAAACAAAUGAAUCAUUGGAUUAUACAAAUAACCUGUUGAAUAUAUUUCUCUCAUGCAAUAGCAUUAAUGAAAAUUUUGAACCCACAAAUGAUUAUGCAAAGGAACAUCUUAACGAAUAUAAGGAUAAUAUGAACCCAAUUAAUAAUAUGGAACAGAGUAUGACAAAUAUAUAUGAUCUGUUUAAUUCGUCUUCGAAUAAUUUCAACCCUUUUGGAAAUUACAACUUUUUAGGGCCUUCAUGUUUACAAUGCAAGCAUUACAAAAAUGAAAUUAAAAAUUUAUUAGUUCAAAUUAGGAUUUUACGGGAGGAACUUUUCAAAUACAAGCAGAUAAUCAUUGGGUCUGGAAUAAAUGAAAAUAAUAAGAAUAAAAUUAAUUCUUAUAGUUACAAUUGGACUAGCACCAAAGGUUGUAGUGGCAUUUAUGAAAACAAAAAUUUAGUGUCCUCUAUAGAGGCAAAUGAUUAA